GCAAAGAAGGCCCAUAAAAAAACCAUUUGAAGACGCCCACACUUAACCAAACGUCCCAACACUUGCAUUGCUCUCUCUAGCCCUCCUGAAUCAGCUGCUUCAAGCCCAACUUCUUUUCUUCUUAUUGACUUUCCUUCUUCUCUCGGUCGUUGACUCUCUUCUUCUUCUUCCUCUUCUUGUUCUUAUUGAUUUCAAUUUUCUUUGUGCAGGUUCAAUGAAGGAUUUCAACUUCAACAGUCCAGCCAUCGAAACAUUAGCCGCCGUCUACAUAAUCCACCGGUGAAAGUGUAGUGGUGGAGAUCAUGUGAAAUUAGGGUCUGACUGUAGAAGUAGUCACAGGAUACUGAAUUGCAAAAGAUAGAAUGGCGAUAAAUGUAAGAAACGUGACGAUCGGUCUUCAGAUUACAAGAUUACCGACAGAUUAUCACGAACCUCUCUUCGCUAUCCUCUUUUUCCUCGUAGUCUCCGGUUAAAGCUUUACGGUGGCUAGAUCAUCAUUAUCCGGUGAACGAGAGAGGGUUGACGUACGGAGAUCAUCAUUCAAUCAAUAAAACGAUGCUUUCCACGCCGAUCAAUGGAUGAAACGAUGCGCUCUGAUCAAUCUAACUCUUACGGAUUGUCGGAUCAUGUUGCAGAGAUGAUGAUCAUCAUCAUCGAAUUAGAGAGUUUUGAUUUUAUUUCUCUCAAGGAAGAAAGAAUUAGAAAAAGCGAGAGAG